ACCCGCACCUUCCCAUCCUGGAAGAGGCUGAGAAGUAAAGAUCAGGGACAAGGAGGAGGAGCAGCUUCCCAGAUGUGUAGAACUUAUGAAGUUUAGGAAGCAGCUUCCCAGAUGUGUAGAGCUUAUGGAGAGGUGAGGGAGCCAACCUCAGCCACAUUCAGCUUCCUGGAGAGAAUGACCAAAGGGCAACGCUUCAACCCACCUUCAAACAAGGAUGGGAGAUGGUUCCCUCACAUCGGGCUAACGCAAAAGACACCAGAAUCCAUCACCAGUGCUACAUCAAAAGAGCCCCAGAGCCCACACUUGCCUCAGCAAGCAGAGGUGAAGCUGCCGCCCAUAUACAAAGUCCGGGAGAAGCAAGCAGUGAAUAACCAGUUCCCGUUCUCCGUGCAUGACAAUCGGCACAGUUUGGAGAACUCUGGAUGCUACCUUGACUCCGGCCUGGGACGUAAGAAGAUCUCUCCAGACAAGAGGCAACAGGUUUCAAGAAAUUUUAAUCUCUGGGCAUGUGACUAUGUUCCAUCUUGUCUUGAUGGCUUUUCAAAUAACCAAAUAUCAUAUGUGUAUAAAGAAGCCAUGGUGGUCUCAAGCUUCAGACGCUUUCCACGAUGCUAUAAAGAGAUAUGGAACACUUUGACAUUUCUUCCUGAGCGAAGCUAUACAGAGGAUUUGAAAAAGAAGCCCAAAGUAAGGUUCACUGUUGACAAAAAGGUUUUUUCUUCACUGGAGUCCUAAUCCUCCCAGAAGAUUUUUGAUGGAUUUUGUAAUACUGGUAUUUCAUCGGACAUCCUAAAAGUAUAUGUUUUUUGAUCCAACACUACUAUUUAAUUUUUAAAGUACUUUUACGAUUUUUAUAAGGUCAAAAAACUUUCAAAUCCUUGUGAAAUAAAUAUGUGAUGGCAUACGCAUGUGUAAAUAAACUUUUCAGAUGGC